UAUAAUUUUGUUUUAGAAUAUUAUUAUUUUGUUGGGUUUUAUCACUAGAAUUAAAAACAUUGAAGUAAAAACGUUUUGUGGUUACACAACACGAAAACCUUUUUAAGGCCUUUAUGGGUCAAGGCCUAGUUUUAGUUGUAUUGGGAUUUACUGCAAUAAGCUGGGUUUACGUGGUGUACCUGAGUUGUAGGAUCACUGAGCAUAAUGCCUCUGACGGCUGAUGUAGCAGCACAGCAAGUGCAGGAGCGUCUUAGAUCUUUGCACAGAUUGAUUUAUGAUAUCGAAGCUGAGAGAGGUCGCAAUGAACAGUGCAUUGAGGCCAUACUGCGAGCAGAAAAAGCUGCUGAGUCGUCACCAUCCGCUGAAGAUUCUUCAGCUACUUCUCAACAGCAAAUGCAGCUUAAGAACUUAUACAAGGCGGGACUGACAGCAGCUGAGCAGGAGGACAGGGUGCUGCGCAGUGCUCUGUCACGGAUAUAUGAGAUACGAGCUAUCAAGAAUGAAAGGAGGAUUCAGGCUCGACACGCCGGUAACAAAGAGACUAUCGGCUGCGGGGCUCUCAUGAAAAUGCUACUAAGUGCGGCCGCGACGCUGCCGCUACACGUGCGUCGCGCGGGCGAGCGCGCGCCCCCGCUGUGCGGCGCGGUGCCCGCCGACCCGCACCACGUGGCGCGCCCCGGAGACGCCGUAGCGGCUCUAGUGAGGGUGUCCGAUAAGGAGGAGAACUGGAUACUCGCUGAGGUGGUAUCCUGGCUCCCAGCACAAGGCAAAUAUGAAGUGGACGAUAUAGACGAGGAGCAGAAGAACAGGCACGUGCUCAGCAAACGCCGCGUGGUGCCCCUGCCGCUAAUGCGAGCCGACCCUCGCACCGACGAGGGCGCCCUCUUCCCUAAGGGCGCACUAGUUAUGGCCCUGUACCCGCAGACGACCUGCUUCUAUAGGGCCGUGGUGAACCGACUGCCGACUACCGCGGCGGACCCGUAUGAGGUUUUGUUUGAGGACUCGUCGUACGCGGACGGGUACUCGCCGCCCGAGCGUGUAGCACAACGAUACGUCAUCGCCAUCAAAGAGGGAAAGGGUCGCGGCACCUGACCCCAGUCCCGGUCGGCGCCGCCGUCCGCGCGCUGCUCGCCGCGCGACGACCGCCAGACGCCGCGCGCGACGCCGCACACGCUCCUAUAACUUGCCUUUCGCUUGGGCCAGGCCACAACCAGGUCGUAUCGCCAAACAACAUAGAGAAAUGUGAUGCGAUGUCGCAACGCAAAAAUUUCAUCAAAUACGACAUUAAUAUACAAUAAGGGUCAAUUUAUACUAGCGCAGAGUCGAAGCGCAUCGAAACGUCUUACCAAAAACUAGACAUACUCUGGAGUUAAGGUUGAAUUUGUUAUGUUUAAUUUUGGUGAGUCGCUUGGAUGCGAUUCGCCUCUGCGCUAGUAUAAACCUUCAAAUUAAACGUUUUAGACGCCGCAUUACUCUUUGCGAUGCGCUGUGGGCUGUGGCAUAGAAAAUUUCCACGAUGCGUUCUUCGGCGUCGUAGAUUUUUACGAUGCGACGCAUGGCAGUGUUGUGGCCUGGCCCUUUCGAAAAUCGAGUAUCAAAAGCUGCUUUUCAUCCACGAAUAAUGUUACAUAGUGAUAAAAAUGGAAAUAAAUGCAUAAUAAAU